UGCAGCAGUGGCCGCCGGGGGGGGGGGUCCUGCAGGAAGUCAAGCUGCGGCCUGGUGGACGGGGCAGGGGCCCGGGGAGCCCCAAGGUGGGGUGCAGAUGGAUCUCAACCGCAUCAUCCAGGCGCUCAAGGGCACCAUCGACCCCAAGCUGCGCAUCGCGGCCGAGAACGAGCUCAACCAGUCCUACAAGAUAAUCAAUUUUGCUCCCAGUUUACUUCGGAUCAUAGUCUCUGACCAUGUGGAAUUCCCAGUUCGCCAGGCAGCCGCCAUCUACCUGAAGAACAUGGUGACGCAGUACUGGCCAGACCGUGAGCCACCCCCAGGAGAAGUGCUGUUUCCCUUCAACAUCCAUGAGAACGACCGCCAACAGAUACGGGACAACAUUGUGGAGGGCAUCAUCCGCUCACCCGACCUGGUGAGAGUCCAGCUGACAAUGUGCCUCCGUGCCAUCAUCAAACACGAUUUCCCUGGCCACUGGCCGGCAGUUGUGGACAAAAUCGACUAUUACUUGCAGUCCCAGAGCAGUGGGAGCUGGCUUGGCAGUCUGCUGUGCCUCUACCAGCUGGUAAAGACAUAUGAAUAUAAAAAAGCAGAGGAGAGGGAGCCUCUGAUAGCAGCCAUGCAGAUAUUCCUGCCUCGGAUUCAGCAACAGAUUGUGCAGCUUCUGCCCGAUUCCUCUCAUUAUUCUGUGUUACUGCAGAAGCAGAUUCUGAAAAUCUUUUAUGCACUUGUUCAGUAUGCUCUGCCUCUGCAGCUGGUGAGUAACCAGACCAUGACUGCGUGGAUGGAGAUCUUCCGCACCAUCAUCGACAGGACGGUCCCUCCUGAGACGCUGCAGCUAGAUGAGGAUGACCGGCCUGAGCUGGUCUGGUGGAAGUGUAAGAAGUGGGCCUUGCACAUCGCAGCUCGCCUUUUUGAACGAUAUGGAAGCCCAGGAAAUGUCACAAAAGAAUACUUUGAAUUUUCUGAAUUCUUCUUGAAAACUUACGCUGUUGGGAUUCAGCAGGUUCUGUUGAAGAUCCUGGACCAGUACAGACAGAAGGAAUAUGUGGCCCCCCGCGUGCUCCAGCAGGCGCUCAACUUCCUCAACCAGGGUGUGGUGCACCCUGUGACCUGGAAGCACAUGAAGCCACACAUGCAGAGCAUCUCCGAGGAUGUGAUCUUCUCCGUGAUGUGUUAUAAAGAUGAGGACGAAGAGCUAUGGCAGGAAGACCCCUACGAGUACAUCCGGAUGAAAUUCGAUAUUUUUGAAGAUUAUGCUUCCCCCACCACUGCUGCCCAGACUCUCCUCUACACGGCUGCAAAGAAGAGGAAAGAGGUGUUGCCGAAAAUGAUGGCAUUCUGCUACCAAAUUCUCACUGACCCAAACUUUGACCCAAGGAAGAAAGAUGGGGCCUUGCACGUGAUUGGCUCCCUAGCGGAUAUUUUAUUGAAGAAGAGUUUAUUCAAGGACCAGAUGGAGCUGCUCCUGCAGAAUCACGUCUUCCCAUUAGUGUUGUCUGACCUGGGCUAUCUUAGAGCUAGAUCCUGUUGGGUGCUGCAUGCGUUCAGCUCUUUGAAGUUUCAUAAUGAGCUCAACCUCCGGAACGCGGUGGAACUCGCCAAGAAGGGUCUUACUGAAGACAAAGAGAUGCCUGUGAAGGUGGAGGCUGCCCUGGCCCUUCGCUCGCUCAUCUCCAACCAGCCCCAAGCAAAGGACUACAUGAAGCCACAUGUGAGGCCAGUCAUGCAGGAACUACUGCACAUUGUCCGAGAGACGGAGAAUGAUGAUGUGACCAAUGUCAUCCAGAAGAUGAUCUGUGAAUACAGCCAGGAGGUGGCCUCCAUUGCUGUGGACAUGACCCAGCACCUGGCUGAGAUAUUUGGCAAAGUUCUUCAAAGUGAUGAAUAUGAAGAAAUCGAAGACAAGACAGUAAUGGCCAUGGGGAUCCUUCACACCAUCGACACCAUCUUGACAGUUGUAGAGGAUCAUAAAGAGGUGACUCAGCAGCUUGAGAAUAUCUGCCUUCGUAUCAUCGAUCUGGUUUUACAGAAGCAUGUCAUUGAAUUCUAUGAAGAGAUCCUCUCUCUGGCCUACAGUCUGACCUGCCACGGCAUCUCCCCCCAGAUGUGGCAGCUUCUAGGUAUCUUCUAUGAGGUUUUCCAGCAGGACUGUUUUGAGUACUUUACAGACAUGAUGCCUCUCCUGCAUAACUAUGUCACAAUAGAUACCAAUACUCUACUCUCAAACCCGAAGCAUUUAGAAAUACUUUUUACAAUGUGCAGGAAGGUUUUGAGUGGAGAUGCCGGAGAAGAUGCAGAAUGCCAUGCAGCCAAGCUUCUUGAAGUCAUCAUUCUUCAGUGCAAAGGAAGGGGUAUCGACCAGUGCAUCCCACUCUUUGUGCAGCUGGUUCUGGAACGUCUGACCCGCGGGGUGAAGACCAGUGAGCUGCGCACCAUGUGUCUCCAGGUGGCCAUCGCUGCUCUGUACUAUGACCCCGACUUGCUGCUGCUCACCUUGGAGCGGAUCCAACUGCCUCACAACCCUGGGCCCAUCACCGUCCAGUUUAUAAACCAGUGGAUGAGCGACACAGAUUGUUUUCUCGGGCAUCAUGACCGGAAGAUGUGCAUCAUUGGGCUGAGCAUCCUCCUGGAGCUACAGAACAGGCCUCCGGCGGUGGAUGCAGUGGUGGCACAGAUUGUUCCCUCAGUACUUUUCCUCUUCCUGGGCCUGAAGCAGGUGUGUGCCACCCGGCAGUUGGGCAGCCGGGACGAGGACUCCAAAGCUGAGAAAGCAGACGUGGAAGAGAAUGAAGAGAUUUCCAGUGAUGAGGAGGAGACCACAGUCAGUGCUCAGGCCAUGCAGUCCAGUAAUGGGAGAGGGGAAGAUGAGGAAGAAGAUGAUGACGACUGGGACGAGGAAGUGCUGGAAGAGACGGCCCUGGAGAGCUUCAGCACUCCGCUGGACCUGGAUGGCAGCGUGGAUGAGUACCAGUUCUUCACACAAGCCCUGCUGGCGGUGCAGAAUCGGGAUGCUGCCUGGUACCAGCAGCUCAUGGCCCCGCUCAGUGAGGACCAGCGGCGGGCGCUGCAGGAGGUGUACACGCUUGCUGAGCACCGGAGGACUGUGGCAGAGGCAAAGAAGAAGAUCGAGCAGCAGGGCGGCUUCACCUUCGAGAACAAAGGUGUCCUGUCUGCAUUCAGCUUUGGGACUGUGGCCAGCAACAAUUAGAGAAGCAACCUAAUGCCGCACUGCAUUUGACUUCCCCGGGUGGAGGCCCUGGAGGAGGCUCCGUGGCAUCUGGCAUUAGGCAGCACUUUUUUCUACUCUCCCUUUCCCUCUGAUGUUUUCUCAUCUUGAAAGAGCUUUUUAUAUGCAGUUACUGUGAUGAAUGAAGUGAGAAGAAGAUUUCUGGAGUGCAAAGAACCAACCACACGCUCCAAAUGCUGAAUGACGAGGCGGGUUGAGAGUCUGGAGUCGAAUUGCACGUCUCAGGUUUUUGCUAUGCAGAAUCAAUGGAUUUAUGCGGAUUAACAGUGCCUUCUGUUGUACAUGACUUAUCUGAAACAUUUUUUGGAGUGCAUUGCAAUUUUUUUUAAAGCAUAAAACAUUUAUAGAUCUAAUGUAAAUUUUGGCUCUGUGUUGACUUACUCUGCAUUUUACUGUAUGAGAAUCCAGGUCACUGGGUGGGUUCCAAAAUAGCACUAUUGUGUGGCCAGUUCGGUGCACUGAAAACUACUGGGGCUCUGAAACAGAUCUACUCUGACCUUUCAAAGCUGCCUGUGGCUUUCUGAGAAGCAUCUUAUUCCCUCUGCGUGUGGUUCUCACCCCUGAGAAGGGAACUGCUUCGAUUGCAUCAGCAAAACCAUACAUCAGUUUCCUUGUUUCCUUCAAUGGUUUGGUAUGUUCUGGAUUCACCAUUUCUUGGUCAUUGUGGCAGGGCUGCUUAGUCACUGGAAAUAUCAAUAAAUGCUGGUAUAUUCUGGGUUACACACUUAACCAUGCAGUGAGCCAGGAAUCCAUCUAGAGCACACGUGCCUUCCAGGGCAAAGGACCGUGGCCAGCAGCUUUCUGGAUAGAGUGGGCCUUCUGUGGUAGGCAUUUUAUAUCGAUAUAUUUAUCUUAGAAAGAGAACCACAUUCAUCCUACUUCCCUCUGCAGAGUCGAGUCUUCUGCUCUCUGGUGUUGAUAGAGCUCACGAGGGCCUGCUUUUAGUUUUAAUGCUGGUGAGCAGUGCCCUUGGAUAGUGAUAUAAGGCAUCCUGUGCCCUGGGUGGUUGUCUAUAAGGAUCCUGUGCUCUAGGUGGUUGUACUGUAAAUUGAAAAUGCUGUGGACAGAGGCAGAAGCUGUUUUUCUUUGCUGAUACAAGUCCAGCGCAUCUACCACAGUAUUUUCAUUCAGUUAUGUAGAAGUGUGUUUCCAAAUGUAAUCUCUAUUGGGUGAGUUAGUUUUCCACCUGAGUCUAAGGGUCUUUUCCUUCCCAGUUCAGAUGAGCUCUUUAAGAUUUUUUUGAUUUUUUAAGGAAUUUAAACAGAGGUGACCUAGGCAACCAUGAGCUUCAGUGUGGAUUGAUCUGCUUUCUCUCCCUUUCUCCAGAGGCCUGGUAACUGGGGCUGAUGGUAGGUAGAAGAGAAGCUGGAUUGGGGGGAGACGUCAGAAAUUUUUAUUUUGGAAACUUCUGUCAUGCCCCAGAUGGUUUUAUUGGACCACGAACAUAUGGUCUCAUACGAGAUUCUAAGAGACAAUAUGAUGUAUUUUACAGCUAUUGUAUAUUAUACAGAAUUAAGGGAAAUAUGCACCCGAACACACAAUCCCUGGUUCCAAAGCUGGGGGCCGUAUUACCAGCAGUGCUCACCUGAAUGUGAUCUUUUUAUCUCGGAAGUAUAGGAACAUGAGUGACUGUCCUGUCAAAUAAAAUGCGGACUCAACCCAGAA